GAUAUGCCAAUAGCCGAAUUGUGGAACUCAGCAUACGAGAAGCUACGAAAAGAAAAUAAACAACUAAUCGACGAAUAUGAGACUAAGCUCCAAGAAAGCGCGAGCGCCGCAUCGGAUCCCAUACCAAAUACUAAAGGAGAUAGAGAAAAAUGGAUGAGCCUGGUGUUACGACAAAAGAUGGAGCAGAUCCAGAAAGAUGCCUGGAAGUUCAUGUUUCUGGGCUCUGAGGUUCGGCCAGCCGAGACGGUAGAAUGUGUUCUGAGAGUAAUCAAGAUGGUUAACGACUCGAUCACAGCCACUGUUGUCCCCAGCCCUUAUGCUUCGCUUGCUUGGGCUGGUAUAAACGUAUUGUUGUCAGUGCCGGCUUCUCUCGCAAAACAGUUAGAAUACGUCUCGUCACUUAUUAUUCAAGGCCGCAUGAGAGAAAAUCUCUAUCAACGGCGCUACGAGGGUAAAAAAAAAGCCGUCGAAUCAUUUCCAGGGGCACACUCAGAAUAUAAGGCUACGCUAGAGCAUUUAUACCAGGAGAUACUGAGAUUCCAGAUACAGUGCUAUUGCUAUUAUACUCAAGGCAAAGCUUCUCGCCUUUUUAGCGACUUUUCGGGGAAGAAUGACUGGGACGGUCUGGCUGAAGACAUACGCCGGCAAGAAGCUCAAAUGGCUGCCAUCGAUAAGACUUGGCGCGAUCAACGAUAUGAUGACGAAUGUGCUGAAUCUGAAAGACGGUAUCAAGGGACUAUACUUAACUUGAAAACUAUUGGCGCUGAUAUCUCAGAUCUGCGAAAGGCAGUGGAGGACGCCAAUAAGGACCGAAAUCAGAAAGAAUUACUUGACUGGUUAUGCGACAUAGACCCAUCGGACAUGUACAACGCCGCUCGCAAGAAACACAAGGCUGGGACGAGUGAAUGGCUAAUUAAAAAGAAUGCACAAUUUACAUCUUGGGUACAAAGUCCCUCUUCUUUUCUAUGGCUUCAUGGGAAGGCUGGAUCUGGCAAGUCAGUCUUAAGCUCUUCCGUCAUAUAUCAUCUCCAGAGGGAGUUUAAGGACGACGCCUCCAUCGCAGUUGUCUAUUUCUACUUCACUUUUAGUGAUAUUAUAAGACAAGACAAUGACGGGAUGCUUGCGUCUCUUAUUAAGCAAGUAUGUUGUCACCGACCGAAUAUACCCGAUUUAGUCAAUGAUCUGGGUGAAUAUAAGAAAAAGGGCAUGCGGCCGUCGACAGAGGAGCUCCGGAAUAGCUUCGUAACAACCCUUCGUGGAUUCACUAACGUAUACAUCGUCAUCGAUGCUCUAGAUGAAUGUCCAGAUAUCAAUACACAGCGAGAAGAACUUAUGGAAACUUUGCAUUACGUCCUCGAUUCGAACCUCAACAAUCUUCAUCUGUUUUGUACUAGUCGCCAGGAGUCUGACAUCAAAGUCUCGCUUUGUAGCCAAUUUUCUAAGCCAUGCAGGGGAGCACUUAAUAUAACCUCGCACCUACAGGAGAUCCAGGACGAUAUUGGCAAAUAUAUUGACUCAACUCUUACAAACCCCAACUAUAGCUCUUGGCCAAUCGAUACUAAGGCUGAGGUUAAAAAAGUUUUGAUUGAAAAGUCAGAUGGGAUGUUUCAGUAUAUUCGCUGUCAGUUUGAAGCACUACAAAAGCUUAGAAAUCCUAGAGAUAUCCGCCAAGUGUUGGAUGAUCUCCCCAAAGGACUGGAUGAAACAUACAACAGAAUGCUUCAAGGCAUAGAUGAUCAAUAUCGGAAAUCAGUGGCGAAUUCUCUCAAAUGGCUCGCGUUCUCGAUGAAACCAUUGACGGUAGAUGAUCUAGCUGAGAUUUUCAUCAUGCAUCCAUAUGAUGAUGUUGUUAUCGACAGUACGGAGUGCCUAUUUAAUACACGGGACGUGUUGAUAUAUUUCUCUGGCCUCAUCGUCGAGAAUGGCGGUACCGUUCGUUUGGCUCACUUUUCGAUCAAAGAAUUUUUGGUGUCGAGUGAUUUGGCAUCUAGUCGAAUUCGGCAGCAUCUUGCUUCUACCUUUUCUUUCAGCGAUAUCGACGCCCAUCUCUUCAUUGCAUACUCGUGUCUCUCAUAUCUCAAUUACACGAGCCCUUUAGCCAUUGAGGGCGAUGAAAAAUCUCAGUCUCUGAAGGUUUACGCGGCUUCGAAGUGUCUAAUUCAUCUCGAAAUGGUGCCUUCCGAGUACUGGUAUGCGGAUGUUAUCGCCAAACUGGUCCAGGCUCUUGCUAUUCGAAGCCAAACCUUGUUAAAUAUCAUCUCUGAACAUUUCUCGGAGCACUUUUCUGUUUUGUCUACAGUCGACAAUUUUAGAUCUGCACGAUUACUAGACCUGCAACUGCGGCCAUACUGUUUAACCGCUUAUCACGGUUUCGUUCGCUUAACCGGAUGGUUAUCAUCACAGGCGUUUAGUGCAAGCAAGUACUUGACACAGGGAGAUCUAAAUGCAGCACUCUGGUAUGCAGUUUAUGGAGGCAGUAAGGAAGUGGCUGUGCUUUUAUUGGACAGAGGUGCCGACCCGAACACAUCAAAAACAACCACAAGCGAUAUCGGAUACGAAUUCAAGAAAUAUGGGGACGUGCUGCAAAUUGCAGCAUCGAUAGGCAAUGUAGCAAUGGUGAACCUCCUCUUGGAUAGAGAUGCCGAUAUCAACGCUCAACGAUGGGGCUCAGCUUUGCAGGCUGCGGCAAAAUACGGGCAUCUCGAUAUCUUGAAGCUUCUUGUGGAACGCGGGGCAAACAUAGACGGCCCCUCGAAUGAAAAAGGAUGUGUCCUUUCCGCAGCAAUAGAGCAUGACGAGUGUUUUCAAUUUUUGCUCGACAGUGGAGCAGACAUCAAUAGGCUCAACGCCCGAGGCGGCUACUACGGGACGGCACUAAACGCAGCUUGCAACAUAGUCGAUAACACCAUUCAUGCCGUUCAGCUGCUGCUCGAUCAUGGCGCUGACGUGAACGCUGGAGGUGGCGAAUUUGGGUUCGCACUACAAACUGUUUGUGCUCGAUCCUUCCCUGAGAUGGACACUACUACUCGUACUCUAGCCCAGAUCCUGCUUGACCAUGGAGCAGAUGUCAACGCCCGAGGCAGCAAAUAUGGAACAGCGCUACAAGCUGCCUGUGCUUACAAUCCUGAGAUAGUGCAUCUGCUGCUUGAACAUGGCGCCGACAUAAAUGCCGAAGGCGGCGAAUAUGGAACUGCACUGCAAGCUGCGUUGAGUUCUUUCGAUCGGGAUUUAGAUCAGCUGCUGCUUGAUCGUGGCGCCGACAUAAAUGCUGUAGGCGGCAAGUUUGGAACUACUCUGCAAGCUGCAUGUGCUCGCAAUUCUGGGAUAGUGCAGUUGCUGCUUGAUCGCGGCGCCGACAUAAAUGCCGAAGGCGGCGAAUAUGGAACUGCUCUGCAAGCUGCGUCUCAUAAUGACAAUUGGGAUUUGGUGGAGUUGCUGCUCGAUCGCGGUGCUAAUGUGAAUGCCAAUGGCGGCAAAUUCGGAACUGCUCUACAAGCUGUAUCUUGGGAUUUCGAUCUGGACUUAGUUCAACUGCUACUUGAUCGCGGUGCGGAUGUAAAUAUUAAUGGCGGGCGAAACGGAUCUUGUCUGCAGAUUGCGUGCGCAAAUAUGGGUUCUCUGGCCUCCGAGGAUAGCAUGGAGAUGAUACGCACAUUACUUCAGCGCGGUGCUGAUCCUCUGAUGCAUGGAGGUGAUUACCCUAGUCCAUUACACUCAGCUGUUGACGGUUUUGAGACAUGGUGGAUAGGCAGAAUCUGCUUUCUGCUGGAGCACGGCGCCGAUGCUAAUCUCAAAGUGGGAGAGCUUGGAUCUCCUCUUCAUGUUGCAUGUGCGAUUCAAUAUGACUGCGAAACCCUACCGACUUACUUGAAGGAGAGAGAUCAGAAAUUGAAGGACAGAAUCGACAAGCAGGGCAUCAUUAUGAAUCUAAUGACUAAAGGGGCGGAAACUCUCCUCAAUAAAUGCCAUGAUAUCGAUGUUAACGCGCAUGGUGGCAUCUUCGGUACAGCUCUGCAGGCAGCAGCAUACUCAGGCCAGGCUAAAACAGUACAACUCCUAUUACGUCGAAGAGAUCACAUCAUCUGUAACGAGCCAUGUGGCAAGUAUAGGAGUGCGCUUAACGCAGCCGUUAUCAGAGCCCAUUGGGAUAUUGUUGAUAUUCUUCUUGAAGCGGGGGCAAAGCCAGAUUGCCAUGUGCUACAGGAGCCUGAUGAGGAAUUUCUUGCCCGGAUCCGAGAAGAGCAUGGCUGGGCUGCAGAAGAGAGAUAUAAAAAGUUUUGGGAGGUGGAAAAGGGGAAUUUACGAUUGUCUUAG